AAGUGAAGAACAUUAAUAGAAGCUGAAAGAAGACAGCUUUAUUUGAGAGGGGGGAAAUCUAACAAAGCUGAAGAGUUUGCAAUUAUGUCUUCUCUGACUUUCUGAAACAGUGGUGAAGACAGGAAGUGUGAGAAGUUGUUGGAGUUGCUUUAGCUGGAGACAGUGGCAAAGGAGUUACUACGGUUAGCUGGAGAUGACAGCAAGAGUCAAGAACACAUGGCUGGAUCUGUCAUAGGAUCUCCGUGGCUGGCAUCCAUACUACCAUCAGCUCUGCCUCAUCCUGUCAACAACUGUUACCCCCACUUGUGUUGCCAUGUUGUCAGAGUCACGCUGGAGGGGUCUCCGUCAUACCUUGCUGGUGCUCUUCUCAGCCACCCUUCUCAUUGGCAUAACGAUGCUGGCCAUCUCCACUGAAAUCAGUCCUGUUGGGGUUUUCUUUCUUGUAGCAGGGGGCUUGUGUUUGGUUGUCCUCAUUAGUGUGGCAGCUGAACAAUGCCUGAAGCAUCAGAAUGCAGGAGAAGAGGCCCAGGCAGCCCCAAGAAGACAAAACCACAAUGGAGACAACGCAACUUACGAAGCACCAGCAUAUGAGGAAGUGGUGGCUACUGGCUACUUGUCAGAUUCAGCGCCCACAAUUUGGACCAUUACAUCUAGUCCUGGAGUAACCCAAGGAGAACCCCCUCCCUAUAGUGUGGUUAUUGAGCCUCCUGCCCAUGGAGAGACAGUGGUGGAAGCAUUGAGUGUCUCGGUGGAGCCUGGUACACGGCGGGCCUCCGCAGAUCUGCACUCGAGGCUGCGCUUCCGACUGUUCCUGCCCCCAAGACUGAAACGCUUUGUCUCAGAUACUCAUGAACUCAAAGGGAGCGAAGAGCGCCUAGAACGCCUGGAACGCCUGGAGCCCCUCACUCCACCUCCUGCAUAUGAGAAUGCGACUGGUGAUGAAAUCUUUGAAGGACACUUUCAACCUUCAAAACCUUGACUGAAAGCUGGAGAUUGACAAAUGGUGCCAGUAUUACCUCAUUACUUCUUUCGAGCCCAUUAUCUGCUUGGUAUUGGAGCCUGUGUGCUUCAUCUGACUGCAAAGUUUGUUUGCAAGGGCUUGGCUCUCUUUUAUGAAAAAUGCAUGUAUUGUAGACAUGCAGCCAUGGUAAGCACUCCUUUGCUCCCUUUGGAGUUUCUUUCAGGGAGUGGGGAGAGGUAGAAAGGUUCUUAGACAUUUCAUCUGAUAUGGUUACACAUUUCCAAAGUCAUUCAUAUGUUCUUACCAUGAACAGCAGCUUAGGCUGCCUAGGAAGUGGAAAACAAAAGGCAGGUUGGCAUACCUGGAGGAGACAGAUUAUAGACACAGAUUAUUAAUCAUUCUGCCUGGCUGAUAUAAACAGAAGUCUGGAGAGAGGGAAGAACAGGGCAGGGUAGAGAGCCAGUGAAAUAAAGAUUUUUUUAAAAAAAACCAGGAAGUUGUUUUAAUUUUUCUUUUAACUUACUGUAAGUCUCACUGAUAAGCUAGUCUAGAUCCAGGAAGCUUUUAAAAGAUCUUAAAAGAUCUUCCUGGAAAGAUUAAUAUCAGCCAAGAAAUACAACACAAUAGUGAUGAUUCAUCUUAAAAACUGAUUUCUCUUAUUUUCUGUGUCAUACCUGUCAGGAGUAGGCAUUUUAUCCAAAUAUUUAUUUCAACAUUCUGAAUGAAAGCUAACCGUAACAAUGAACAUCUUCCUUAAAAUCAAGUAGGGGCAAGUAGGGGUUCUGUAAUGCAGAGGACAGUGCCAGAGGAGACUACUGAAGCGUCUCCUUUCUCUUAUUUAUUGAAACUGGGCUUGCUUUAUGUGAAUCAUGAUAUGUACAUGUGGAGUAGUUCCUGUUAUGAGGAUAACGAAUCCAGUAUGGAUCUCUGUCAUAACCUUAGAAUCUCUCAUGAUGAAAUAAGCUUUUAUAUACAAACAGUUCAUACAAGCUAGUGUAAUAUAGUUUCCAAAGAUUUUAAUUAAAAUUUUUCAAAUCCGUCUUUGGUGAAGGGGGCUAGUAAAUCAGAUUUCACUAAUUUUACCUGAAAUAGAUAUUGUAAGAGGUACCUACUCCAUGUAAGUAUGAAAUAAAGUAAGCUGUGGUGGCAAAUUUAAAAUUCAAAUAUACUAAGACUGCCACUUUAAGUUUUUCUAACAGAAAAAUCUGAAUAAUUUUCAGGUAUGUUCAAAAAAUUCCUGUCUGAAAUUAUGCAUCAGCUGCUAAAAGCAGUAGUAUUGUGCAAUAAAUGUUAUUUUUAUGGCUUCCACAUUGAUUGUUAAGGUGCAGAAAGAUGAAUGUUAACAUUAUUUUUUUCAAUAUGUAAAAUUGUAAAACAGAGUAUGCAAAAUACAUUUUAUAGCUUGCUAGAUUUUAAAAGCAUAAAUCCAGCGCUGCCA